UUCUCGGGUACCUCGGAAAGUAUCCCCUGACCUUCCUUAUUGAACACGGUUGUCCAUCUACUAUAGAUUAGCAAGAGCGCUGUGUUUUCUGGUAAUUAGUCCACUUUUUAGGCUGAUACACUCGUCUAUAGGCACAUACUGAUACACUCAUCUAUAGGCACAUACUGAUACACUCGUCUAUAGGCACAUACUGAUACACUCGUCUAUAGGCACAUACUGAUACUCGUCUAUAGGCACAUACUGAUACACUCGUCUAUAGGCACAUACUGAUACACUCGUCUAUAGGCACAUACUGAUACACUCGUCUAUAGGCACAUACUGAUACACUCGUCUAUAGGCACAUACUGAUACACUCGUCUAUAGGCACAUACCUUAUAAUUGCAUGGUUUAAGCUUUCUCUGCAAAACAUUCCUUUGUACAUUACAUUGUACGUGAUUCCACUCUAUUUAGUCUGUGGAGCAUAAUAAUGGCGUAAGAGUUGUUUCCUUGAUUAUGGUGGCACCAAUUGGUGCUCUACAGAAAUUAAAGAGGUGUGUUUUACGUAUACAUUAUUGCAUGAUGUGGUUUUACUAUUUGAAUGUAUGAGCAUUUCCCAUAUAAGGAAACCACAGUAUCUGAAUUCAAGGUCGAUCACCAUGCAUGGUGAGUAGACCUAUAUAGCUUUUACAUGAUCUGUCCCCCCGCCUCCCCCUCCCCCCUUGAUUGGAUCAGUUACAUGCAUCUUGAUCAUAUACAAUUCUUCCUGUUGCUGUAUGUAUAAUUAUGAUCAAAGCAUAUCAAUUAGAAAUAUAUGAUUGAUUCAAGACGAGAUGGUUCAUUGCUUUUCUUUACCAUAUAGUCCGUUGACUUAUCUUGUUAGCAUUCAUAGAGUAACACAACAAGCAGCUCAAGCUGUGUACACAUGGUGAUGUGGGAAAAUUUUGUGGUUGACAAACUUGCUAUAUAGUAGAUCUAGAUAAAGAACAGUGGCAUGCUAUAUAAUAGUUGACCUAUGUCUAUAAAGCUAUUCAGUGUAUGUAUAGCUUUCAGUCUAGCACCCUCCAUUUCCUCUUAUGCACUGUACUCAAAAGCCAAGCCCAGAAUAUUCCAGUUUAUUCUCAUCUCUGCCUGAAUACAAACAUGACUGCCUUUGUCAAAGUUACGCUAGCUGCCCUGUUAGUUGUUCAUUUAGUUAGUCUGGUGUCAGCUAGCAAGAAUCAUCUUCACAAACGUGCUCGUCGUCAAGGUGACCAACGUCCUGCAUACACCCAGCAAGGUUGCUUGACUGCGUGCCAGAAGCGUGGCUACAGCCAAGGCUGCUGUGAUAUCACUAAGAGCACCUGCUUUAACUCUGGCUGCAGCUGUUAUUGCGACAUCUCCUGUCAUAAUUAUGGUGACUGCUGUGCUGACAUUAACGCUAUUGGAUGCUCUAUAAUAGGCCAAGGCAGCUGUCCCGAAAUUCCAUUAACGAAUGGAAGGAUUGAUUAUACUCCUAACCCAAACUCAAGGCAAAUAGGCACUAUUGCUACCAUUCAUUGCGAUGGUAACUACGGCCUGGUACCGGCAGACGCCACUGUUAGGGUGUGUCAGAAGAACUUAAUGUGGAGUGGCCCAGAACCUGCUUGUAGAGAACUUUGUGAUGAAAUCGGCAUUCUUAAGAAUGGAAUUAUUACGUACGAGCAGGCCUUCAAGACAUCCAGGAAACCAGCCCGAACAGUAGCCAUAUACAGCUGUCACCAAGGAUUCAGUCUCACUCAUGCUCGUGAGGUCAAGAGAGUUUGCCAAGGGUUCAAAGGAUGGAGUGGGUCACCACCAACUUGUGAAGCUGUUUCUUGCAUGGCCAAAUACCCUGGCACUGGGUGCACAACUGACAUCAAUGCUUCAUUGCUUGGGAGUAGUGGGAAUCCGGGACGCUGCUCGUGUCAUGUGAGCUGCUUCAGUAAUACUGACACCUGCUGUGAAGAUAUUGGAUGUGUCCCUACCACUUGUGGUCAGGUUGAUAUGUCUAACGGCUGCUGCUCAUGGGACACUGAUCUGGAAUUGGGAGUGGAACAUAAAUUGAUCAGUUGCUAUGUACCUGGUGGGGAUUGCUACUGUGAUUCAGCGUGCAAUAAUGUAACACCUGAUGACUGCUGUAGCGAUGUGCCGGAAUCACCCACUUGCACUGCACCUGCUACUCGACAGAGUAGGGUCAGAGGUCAGAGUGUCAGGACAAUACCGUAUGGUCGAGUACAGCUGGCCAGAGGAAGAGGUCGGACCCAAGCCUCAAUGAAGGACCAAGCAGCUAGGAAUAUGGCCAGUAAAUUGAUGUCCAUGUCUCAAGAGCAGAGUGAUAAACGAGAUCGUUGGGUGGUUAUCACCAAGGAGCUUGAAGCCAUGCAGAAGAAGAAAUAUUAACUGACAUUUUUUGUGCAGGUACAUUUGUAGCUGCUUUACUGACUCAUGUAGCUUUAUCAUUGCGUGACUUAUUAUCAUUUUAACCUCACCCUUAUAUAAUAACUUUUGUACUCCAAAGAUGUGCGUGCAUAAUCCUAUAUCUUUGAUACAGUAAUUGUUGAAGCUGA